UAGGUGUCUCCCUGGGAUAAAAAAGAGGAAGCUAACCAGAAAAAGCUAGAAUUUGCAUAUGCAAACAGCGACUAUCUGGCUCUUCUACGAGCAUAUAAGGGAUGGCAGCUAAGUACAAAAGAAGGAAUGCGUGCAAGUUACAAUUACUGCAGACAGAACUUCUUGUCUGGAAGAGUUCUUCAGGAAAUGGCCAGCCUCAAACGACAAUUCACUGAACUGUUAUCAGAUAUAGGCUUUGUAAAGGAGGGACUCAGAGCAAGGGAAAUUGAGAAAAGAGCCCAAGGAGGAGAUGGUAUCUUGGACGCCACAGGAGAAGAGGCAAACUCCAAUGCUGAGAAUCCCAAGCUGAUAUCAGCAAUGCUGUGUGCUGCUCUUUAUCCAAAUGUAGUGCAGGUGAAAAGCCCAGAAGGGAAAUUGCAGAAGACCAGUGCCGGAGCUGUCAGAAUGCAACCCAAAGCAGAGGAGUUGAAGUUUGUCACCAAGAACGAUGGCUACGUGCACAUCCACCCUUCGUCAGUGAACUAUCAGGUCAGACACUUUGACAGCCCCUACCUGGUGUACCAUGAAAAGAUCAAAACUAGUCGGGUGUUCAUUCGAGACUGCAGUGUGGUGUCUGUGUACCCACUGGUCCUGUUCGGGGGAGGCCAAGUGAGCGUGCAGCUUCAGAGAGGGGAGUUUAUUGUGUCCUUGGAUGACGGUUGGAUCCGUUUUGCAGCUGCUUCGCAUCAGGUGGCCGAAUUAGUAAAGGAACUCCGUUGUGAACUUGACCAGCUCCUCCAGGAUAAGAUAAAAAACCCAAGCAUAGAUCUGUGUACAUGUCCUCGAGGAUCCCGGAUCAUCAGCAUGAUUGUGAAACUUGUCACCACACAAUAAAGACCAGUGUCAGGAGAGUGCUUGCUAUUCCCCUGCUUCUUGCUCACCUGGGAAAUAACAGCAGCACCUCUCCCUCCAGGCAGGCUCCGCGCUCAGGGCUGCCCCGGUGAAGGAGCCCAGGGCAGGCACCGUGCAGGCCCUGAGGCACCGCACACCUUUAGGGAAGGUUCCCAGACUGAGUAUUUCUGACAGAACAAGGACACUCCCAGCACAAUUUGGAGUGUCCGUGGGAGGCAGUCGAAGAAACCGGCUUGCCUGUGUUUUUCUCUGUGACUAUCCCGAAGUGAAUGAAAUUCACCUCAUCACACAAAAGUGAAUGUUUAAUACGAUUUGGUUUUAAUCUAUGUAUUUUUUUUCUCCUUUUUUACUGGGGUGAGAUAGGAGCAUGAGGAGAAAUACUGAAUUUUUUCUCUAUCGUAAAAGCUCAUCUGAAAGAAAUUAGAAUAGAGGACAAAAAAUCAUGUAAGCAAGAAAAAUUAAAAUUUCAUUUUAGGCUAUUAGCUACGAAGUAAACUUAAACUUGAUCUGUGAGGGAUUUUUAUUUUACUCAUUAAAGGUCAGCCUUAAAAAACCUGAAGAGCUCUUAUUUGUUUUUAAAGUGCAAGCUGGUUUUAUCCUUACCAUUCUUCUUCUUAGAAGCAGAAGAGUCUAGGUGUCUUUGUUCUGUUUUUGGAUUUCCAUUUAGGAAUCUCUGCUCUUUCUUAGGAACACCCAGAUCUAAUGGCCACAUUGCACAUUACCCAGCGAGGAAUUUUGACGGUCUUCUCAGAGCAGACUUGGCACAGUCGAGGUAGAAAAGGUUGCCAUGCUAGUGUCAGAUUUUCAGCCAUAAAAAUAUCUUCCAGGAGGCUGCUUAUUUUCAGCCACCACUUAGGUGAAUGGAGAGCUAGCAUUUUGAAAAACUAUCAGUACAUUGAUAUUUUCUCUAGGCAUUUAUCCGUGUGGCCAGGAAGCAUCGCAGAGAGCUGAGUAGAAAAAAUAUUCUUACGUUUGUGUGGCGCUCGGGUAGUCACUGCAGGUUUUAUACUAUAGAUGGAAUUCAAACUAAUCAGCAGAACCACCACAGUGAAGGGCGUUCACUUUUCGCAGUAUUAUUUCAGUUAAAUUUUGAGGAAACCUUCUAGGCUGUCCAAAACGGUCAUUGCCCAGCGUGUUUAAGCCUUGGCGCGCUCGAAGAGCUUAGACUCUAAGUAGUAUUGUUUAAAAGGCAUUAAUUCACGUCAUCACUUUAAAUUAAAAAACACGCAUAUGCAUAGCACCUGCAGUAUUCAAAUUCUGACUCGCAACGGAAACCAGGCUCACAUUACAGAACUGCUCAGGAGAAAUGAAGACGACCACACUAACCCUCUAAAACAUCUUUUGGAACCAGUUCUGACUCUCGGUGCUACAGUGGAGCUGAUGCUGGCUGCCCCCCCGCCCCCAGAGACCUCUGCCCAAGCAGACCUGCAGCUUUCCACGUGGGUUUGCAGCAGAGCACACAGCGGGGAGUAAACUGCACAACUUUCCAUCCUGAGCGCUGAGAAAUCGCUCCCCUCAGGGGAAGCUAUCCUUGGGCUGGUUACUUGUAGCCACACACAAAUGCACAACUCAUUCCACAGAUGUGCCAGAAUGUGGAAGAGAUCAGGAAGCCUUGACUGAAGACACUGAGUAAGAAAAUCCUCCCUGCCAAAACCAAACUUCUUAAGCCCUAGCAGUAAAAUUAUGAAGUCAAUGAAACAGGAUGACUUCACAAUUGAAGGUCAGAAUGCAAUAUGGCAUUUCACGGUGAAAUCGGAUUUCUAAACCCCAGCAAGAUGGUCAGCACUUAAUGUUCAUUUUAUGGAGAAUUCUGUGAAUGUUGUAAAUGUCUGCAGUAUUUGUUUCACUGGAAUCUAGCUAGGGAACAAUAUUGGUAAAGUACUUGCUACAAAAUUAGUCUGCAUUGGGGUUUUGUAAUCUGGGUCUAUGGGGAGUUCUCAGGAAAUGAGAAUAGGUAAACAUUCUUGCAGAGGUGGUCAUAGGUUGGCAAAGCACUAGUUUUGUCUUCUUCCUCCUUGAGUUCCGUAUCUGAAUAUUACAAUUCAGACUCCCUGACAAGUAAUGAACUUUGGUCUUUAUCCUCCCAUUCUAUUAUUCGGGCAGUUUAACUAAUACACCAAAGCGCACACACAGCCUGUGGAUCUGUAUGCAUAUGGUAAAUGUUCUUUUUCCUUUCUAGGCAGUGGUUGGAAUAUGUCCUUAAGAGGUUAUCAUAAAAUAAGACCUUGUGAAAGUACUUUGUAAAAUUAAAAUGUAGCAAAUGUAAGCAAAUUGGGACCGAGGGUGUGGUUUUCUGAUGUGGCCCAGGCUGGCUUUUUGAGAACGGCACUCUUGUGUUUCUCAAUUGCUGGGCUGAGCUGGGGCGCUCAGGCAUCUCACUUGGAGGGUGUCUUAUGGGUAUCACCUUGUUGCCACAUAAAUGAGGAUCCCUGGGGGCGUGAUAAUUAUGCUCACAUUGCCAUUAUGCUUAAACAAGCCUAGGCACAUGUUGGCUCUUUCCUCCUAAGUCAUGCUAGAAUUAAGCAGAAUGCCUAGGGCUUAUUUUCUCCCAAAUGCAGGGGGAAAGUUUGCUUGAAAUUUUUAGCCAGUUAAUAAAUACAGGGUGAUCUAUUGUUUUCAGAAGUUAAAUUUUGAUCGUGAAACUCUGUCAAUACUUGAGUACCCACAGUACAGUGCCUCGGGUGGAAACAAUGUAGAAACAGCUAACACGGUGUAUUGUCCCAGCAAUCGUUUCAGACUGUUCCAGAGUGGCAGGCUUCUUCCAUUCUUUUUAAGUCUCACACGUGUAAAGCUAUAUAAUGACUGUGUAAACUAUUAAUCACAAUGAGGCAUUAACAGGAGAGACUUUUUUCUUGCCAUUUCAAAGUUAAUACCCCCAAAACCAUAUAUCAAAGAGAUUGGUCUUCAGUAAGAUUUAUAGCCAAUCACUAAUCCUUAAGGUGCUUUCAAAUCUUAGAUGUCUUAAUGAUUUGCUUUGUCAAAGAGCGGAGAAAGAGUUGUGCUGGAAAUCACUCGCCUGAUAUGAGCCACCAGGAGUAAGGGCCAUCGAUAUUUCAUAAAGAUACAGGACAGCAGCCCAAACACGAACUGGUUCCCACAGACAGUUCAGCCUCUGCCCCAUCUUAGCCCAACAGGGGCCAUCCCCACAUUUACUCCUGAGUCAGUUCCAACCCAGUGAAUUGAGUAAACAAGCCAGGAGAGACCUAGGAGGAGGAUGGCUUAGAAUCCAUUUACUGGAUUUCUCCAUCUGUAUUCCAACUUUUUAGGAAAGAAACAAAUUGCAACAAAAGACAGUAUGAGGGGUUGGUUUGAAAAAGCUGCUUCCCAGGGACAGCUGGGGGCUCAUGUCUCAUUCUUGAUUUUGGCUCUGGUCACGAUCUCAGUGUGGUGAU